CUCCCAUUCCCCCGGCCCUGCUCCCCAAGCCGAGCAGCUGCUGAAAUGUCAGAUGGAUUUGCACAGCUGACUCAAGUUGCCGAAAAGAGAGCAGCAUGGUGGCUCGGUAAACUGCGCCUGCAGCCAAGCCCGGCUUAAUAUAGACGCUGGGGCCCCGCCGAGUGCUCCUGCUGCCCAUCCAGCGUGGUCCUUGGGGGGAUCGCUCAGAGGGUGUUGACCUGGGACGCUUGUCAACCGGGGAGACUUCUUGAGAGCUUUUUAAGUCCUCCUUGAUUAUUUCUCCUUUUCUAGGAAGAUAGAAGAAAAUACAGAAAAGAAUCAUGUCCGAGCACAGCAGGAAUUCAGAUCCAGAAGAACUCUCUGAUGAGGAGAUUGAUGAAGAUAAAAUCUUGGCCAACUUGUCCCCGGAAGAGCUGUUAGAGCUGCAAUCGGAAAUCGAAGUCAUGGCCCCGGACCCCAGGCUUCCCGUGGGAAUGAUUCAGAAAGAUCAAACCGACAAGCCCCCCACGGGCACCUUCGACCACAAGUCGCUGGUGGAUUACAUGUACUGGCAGAAGGCGUCCCGGCGCCUGCUGGAGGACGAGCGCGUCCCCGUCACCUUCGCGCCCUCCCAGGAAAACACUAAAGAGCAGCAGGAAGAAAUGGACAAAGGUAAUAAAAAAGUGGCCCAGUAUUUAAGGGAAAAUCUCAAUAAUGAAAUCGCUGCAAGUAAAAGAGACUCAAAUGGCAGCAACAAUGUCCAAGAAAGAGAUAAUGAGGAUAACAAUGAUGAUGAGGAUGAGGAUGAUGAAGAGGAGGAGGAGGAGGAAGACGAUGAUGACGAAGAUGAGGAUGAUGAAGAUGAUGAAGGAGAAGAUGAGAGUGAAGGGAGUGAUGAAGAAACAAAAAGAGAAGAGAAAGGCAAAAUAAAGGAGCCAAUCAGAAAUGGUGAGAGCAGCUGCCAACAGAAAACUAACAAAGCCUUUGAAGAACAGAAAGACAGACCACAGGCCCAAGAAAAAAGUGAGAAAAAAAUAUCAAAAUUAGACCCUAAAAAGUUAGCUCUAGACACCAGUUUUUUGAAGGUAAGUGCAAGGCCUUCAGGAAACCAAACCGACCUAGAUAUUAGCUUGAGGCGAGUUAGACAAAACGAUCCUGACAUGAAGGAACUCAACCUGAACAACAUUGAAAACAUCCCCAAAGAAAUGUUACUGGACUUUGUCAACGCGAUGAAGAAAAACAAGCACAUCAAGACCUUCAGCUUAGCCAACGUGGGCGCGGACGAGAACGUGGCCUUCGCCUUGGCCAACAUGCUGCGUGAAAACAGGAGCAUCACCACGCUCAACAUCGAGUCCAACUUCAUCACAGGCAAAGGGAUCGUGGCCAUCAUGAGGUGCCUCCAGUUUAAUGAGACGCUCACCGAGUUGCGGUUUCACAAUCAGAGGCACAUGCUGGGCCACCAGGCCGAGAUGGAAAUAUCCAGGCUUUUGAAGGCAAACAGCACACUCCUGAAGAUGGGCUACCACUUUGAGCUCCCGGGUCCCAGGAUGGUGGUGACCAAUCUGCUCACCAGAAACCAAGACAAGCAAAGGCAGAAAAGGCAAGAAGAGCAAAAGCAGCAACAGCUCAAAGAGCAGAGGCGGUUAAUAGCCGUGUUGGAGAGCGGCUUGGGGCUGCCACCAGGGAUGUGGGAGAUGCUGGGAGGACCGAUGCCCGAUUCCAGUUUGCAGGAGCUCCUCCAGCCUCCUCCUCGUCCUCCCAACCCCCCAGCCGCGCCCUUCGGUCGACGAAAUGAAGUGAUGAAGAAGCCAUCGCAGUCCCCUCCAUGCAGGACGGACGCUGACUCCUUCCGGGGCGUGAAGCUCAAGAGGACCCAGCGCAAAUCCCGGAUGCCAGAAGCCAGAGAAAGCGCUGAGAAAACCAACCUCAAAGAUGUGAUCAAAACACUGAAACCAGUGCCCAAAAAUAGGCCACCGCCGUUGGUGGAAAUCACUCCCAGAGACCAGCUCUUGAACGACAUUCGUCACAGCAACGUCGCCUACCUUAAACCUGUGCAACUGCCAAAAGAACUGGAAUAAGAGGCCACAGCCUAACCUAGAAGAACAGGAAUUGGAAUAAGGACUUGGACUGGAGCUUGAGGCUGUAUCAGCAGCGUGUUCUGGAUCCAGGUGGAAUGGGAACAACGCUAACGUCUGAUGGAAGAAUUUUAUAAAAGGCAAAAUGCUUGGCACAUGGCAGUAUGUGGCUGACAAGGAAGAGGAAGGAGACUAAGUAGUGAUAUUCAGGGGCAACAUUUUCUACUUGCCAUCAGUUUGAGUAACUAUGGUGAAAUUUAGUCAUGCUCCCAGCACAAAAGUUAAAAAAACAAAACAUUUUUUUGUAAACAUUCGCUUUACUGUUGCUUUCUUCUGCUAAGUAACAAUAAAUACUAUAGAAGUGUUACUAGUAUAGUUCCAUUUUUUUUUACCUUCCAUCUCCUGUGCUGUAAUUCACCACACCGUAUCUUAAAGGAACAACUCAUGUUUCAUCUCCGGAAAUGUGGUGGGGGACUUGAGCUCCAGGCCCUUCUGCUGCUUUGAAAUGGAAGAAUCAUUAAUUAGCUCCUCUCUCAGAAUCCAUUGGGGUUUCCAGUUUCCAGCCACGCCUGGCUUUCUCCCUUGGCCAUUCUCCUGGGGCUUUGGGAUACACUUCUGACAGAAGUAUCUGUGAGGAGCAGAAUGUGUAAGCCACAGGACAUGGAGAAAACAGUGUUUCCAGAAAACCCAAUGGAGAAAGUAAACCCUUUAUAUACACAAAACCUUCCCUAUUUCCAAACACAUAGGGACAGUUAUUGUCUCAAUGCAAGGUUUUGUCGAGAGACAGGUGAAAUUGUUCACAUUAUGCUUUUUCUAUUGACCUACUCCCUCACUAAAAAUCUCUACAUUGAAGAUUUCAAUUUGUUUUUAAAAUGUAGUAAUUUCCCCCAAAAUGUUUGCUUCUUGCCUGAUUGAGAGGGGGAUCACUGAGUUAUCACCCUGCCUGUUAGAUAGGUGAUGUGAAGUGGGCAUGGAGGCCCAGGGGCUAUUACUGCCAUUUGGAAAUACUCACAAUCUAACAUUUUAUGACAUGUUAGUGAUGGCAGACUCUGCACAAAGUGGAUAGCCAAGUUACUACUGUGAAGAGACCAAAUACUGAGGAUAGAUUUUCCAAAGAUAAUAAUCACAUGAUGUCUGCAUUUUAUCAUGGAUCUGAGUGCAUCCUCUAAAAAUGGAAUGUAACAAAAACCCAGGGCAUUUUUAGAAAUUGUAUGCUAUCUAGCAACUUUGUGUACUUAUAGAAAAUGUUAUAAAAAUAGAAAAAAUGUAAUAGUUUAGAGCAUUCACAUGCUACUUUUCUAGAAUGUACUAAUUAAAAUGAGUACGUUUUCCAAUUUCAA